AUGGAAGAGGCGGUGUCGCUGUGCGUGGCUCCACUGUUGCAUGUCUAUAGGAGAAAGAAAGAGAGAAGCAGAGGGUCAGGGCGGAGAGAAGCAGCGAAGAGGGAUACUUGGGAGGGGUGUGGUUAUGGCUGUGGCAGUGGUGGUGGUGGUGGUGGUGGUGGUGGUGGUGGUAACUGUGUCUGUGUCGCUGGCGAUGGUGGUGGGGCUGGAGAUGGCGUAACAAAUAGAGAGAGAGUAAAAAGCAAAGGAAUUGAAAUGAAUUCUUGA